AGAUUGCUGCUGAUUUGAUCCUCUGGAAUCUGCAAAAGGAAAGUCUGCCAGCCUCUGUGAAUAGCUUUGCAGUGUAACAGGAGUGGAGUUCCCGAGCAGAAUCGCUGAGAGAUAUGUGAACGUGUGGGAGCAAAGCUGAGCCCAUCGGUGUUUCUGCCUCAAACCUGGGCUCGCUCCCCAGGCACAGUCUGUGUGUGGGGUGAACACCUCUGUGGCACCUGGAGAUGAUGUCAGUCGAAGGGUCUACGAUAACAAGUCGAAUCAAAAAUCUGCUUCGAUCUCCUUCCAUUAAGCUGAGGAGAAGCAAGCCUGGGAACAAGCGAGAAGAUAUAGGCAGCAAGGUGACUUUGGAGAAGGUGUUGGGCAUAACUGUGUCGGGAGGCAGAGGAUUAGCCUGCGACCCCAGAACUGGCCUCGUUGCUUAUCCAGCAGGGUGUGUUGUUGUUCUCUUCAACCCUAGAAAAAAUAAGCAACACCAUAUUCUAAACAGCUCCAGGAAAACAAUUACAGCACUUGCUUUCUCUCCAGAUGGAAAAUAUUUGGUUACAGGAGAGAGUGGGCACAUGCCAGCAGUUCGGGUGUGGGACGUGGCUGAGCGCACCCAGGUGGCAGAGCUCCAGGAGCACAAGUACGGUGUGGCCUGUGUGGCCUUCUCCCCCAGCUCCAAGUACAUUGUGUCAGUGGGGUACCAGCAUGACAUGAUUGUCAACGUGUGGUCGUGGAAGAAAAACAUCGUAGUGGCAGCCAACAAAGUCUCAAGUAAAGUGACAGCGGUGUCAUUCUCAGAGGACUGCAGUUACUUUGUCACUGCUGGAAAUCGGCAUAUCAAGUUCUGGUACCUGGAUGACAGCAAAACCUCCAAGGUCAAUGCCACAGUUCCCUUGCUGGGUCGCUCAGGACUGCUUGGAGAACUGAGGAACAACUUCUUUGCGGACGUGGCUUGUGGAAGGGGCAAAAAAGCUGACAGCACUUUCUGUAUCACAUCCUCAGGCCUGCUCUGUGAAUUCAAUGAAAAAAGGCUGCUAGACAAGUGGGUGGAGCUGAGGAAUACAGACAGCUUCACAACCACUGUGGCAAACUGCAUCUCUGUGAAUCAUGACUACAUCUUCUGUGGCUGCGCUGAUGGCACUGUGCGGAUUUUUAACCCUCUGAACCUUCACUUUGUCACUACUCUGCCCAAGCCACACUUCCUGGGAACUGACAUCGCAAGUGUGACUGAGGCCAGCCGUCUUUUCUCGGGUGUGGCUGAUGCAAAGUAUCCAGACACAAUUGCCUUGACCUUUGACCCCACCAACCAGUGGCUUUCCUGUGUCUACAAUGACCACAGCCUGUAUGUGUGGGAUGUCAAAGAUCCGAAGAAAGUGGGCAAGGUGUACUCUGCUUUGUAUCACUCUUCCUGUGUGUGGAACAUUGAGAUGUAUCCAGAGGUGAAGGACAACAAUCAGCCCUGCCUCCCCCCUGGUUCUUUCAUCACCUGCUCCUCUGACAACACCAUUCGUCUGUGGAACACUGAAAGCUCCAACAUCCACGGCACAGCCCUGCACCGCAACAUCCUCAGCAAUGACUUGAUGAAAAUCAUCUAUGUGGAUGACAACACUCAGGUACUUCUGGACACUGAUUACAACUCAGCAGGAAGUGCAGAGAAAGCUGAUGCUCAAGUGCUGGAUACGAAGGUGGGGAUACGCACUGUCUGUGUGAGUCCCAGUGGGGAGCACCUGGCCUCAGGGGACAGGAUAGGCACUCUCAGAAUAUAUGAGUUGCAGUCUCUGAAGGAAAUGCUGAAAGUGGAAGCCCAUGACUCUGAAAUCCUAUGUCUGGAAUACUCCAAACCUGACACAGGUUUAAAGCUCUUAGCCUCAGCCAGUCGGGAUAGAUUGAUUCAUGUCUUGGAUGCUGGGAAGGACUAUAGCCUGCAGCAAACCCUGGAUGAACAUUCUUCUUCCAUCACUGCAGUGAAGUUUGCAGCCAACGAUGGGAAAGUGCGAAUGAUAAGCUGUGGGGCAGACAAGAGCAUCUAUUUCCGCACUGCACAGAAGACAGGAGAAGGGGUCCAGUUUACCCGAACACAUCACAUAGUUAGGAAGACCACCCUUUAUGACAUGGAUGUGGAUCCCAGCUGGAAAUACGCAGCUAUUGGAUGCCAGGAUCGUAACAUCAGGGUUUUCAACAUAAGCAGUGGGAAACAGAAGAAGCUUUACAAGGGAUCCCAAGGUGAAGAUGGCACCCUUAUCAAAGUGCAAACAGAUCCUUCUGGUCUUUAUAUUGCAACCAGUUGUUCUGACAAGAACCUCUCCAUCUUUGAUUUCUAUUCUGGCGAGUGUGUUGCAACCAUGUAUGGACACUCAGAGAUUGUAACUGGGAUGAAAUUCAGUAAUGAUUGCAAACAUCUGAUCUCUGUUUCCGGUGACAGCUGCAUCUUCAUCUGGCGGCUGAGCUCAGAGAUGACCAUCAACAUGCGGCAGCGGCUGUCGGACAUGAAACAGAGAGGGAAGCAGGCAGAGAAGUCUCCUCCUCACAAGGCAGCUGGACUCAUGAGACAUGAGUCCAUCUCUGCCCUGUCCUCUGUGCCUGCACUCUCAUCAGACAGCGAUAAGGAUGGUGAAGAUGAAGGGAAUGACGAAGAUGAGUUACGAGGGUUGCAGUCUUUCAAUAUUCAGUCCAACUGCAACACUGAGAGAGACUCAGAUCCAGAUCUUACCCUCUCAAGAAGCCUUUCACACUGGGAAAUGAGAAGGGCCAAAGAGAUAGCAGCAAUCCAGCGCUCAGAGGCACCGAUGAGCAAGAUGCCCCGGCAACGUGGUCGCUGGUCCCAGCCAACCAGCAGCAUAGAGAUGACUGUGAAAUCCAUGCUUGACCUGCGCCAGCUGGAGUCCUUCUCUGUUUCCCGCUCUCCAAGUCGAGACUCUCUGUCUCAAAACAGCAAUGGGGACGACAGAGAAGAGCACAGUGACCUUCCUGUGCACUCCAACAAGGUUGGCAGCUCAAUACCUCCCCAAGAUAACGGGUCUUGUGUGCGACCCCAAGUGAUUCGGCUUGUGUCUUGUGAAGAGGGGAUUUUCUCUCAGGAACUGGAACCUUCUGAGAGUGAGGAAUGUGUAAUCUACCCUGAGCAAGAUGAAAUCCAUCCCACAGACUCUAGCAGUGAGUUCCAGGUAAAAGCGUUGCCCCAUGGGAAGCUCUGUAGAGGUUAUCACAGUAAUGGAUGCCCAGACAAACACAGUCCAGACAGUGCCUGCUCUGUAGAUUACAGCAGCAGUCGUCUGUCCAGCCCAGACCAUCCCAAUGAAGAUUCUGAAGGCACUGAACCUCUAAGUGUAGAUGGUGCCUCAGACCUGGAGGGAGAAGAAGGAGAGGAGGAUGUGGGUACCAGCAUGCCUGAGGGAGAAAUUCCUCAAAUACCUGAUCAGGAAAAGUUCCUCAAGGAGCAUUUUGGGACCCUGAGCAACACUGAUGGGAAAGGUGGCUCAUGUAGGAAUCUGGAAAGGACUGAAAACCUCAGCAUUUCCUCUCGCUUUCUUUCCCAAUCCCCGGCUCUCAGACGAUUGUCACUCUCUUCAUCAAAUCUGACACUGGAUUCAAAGCCCAUCGAGCCACCAACCCAGACCAGUCAGUUUACACCAAACCUGUUGAAAAAUGACAGCAGCCAUCCUGGUGAUGCAUCAGAGAGCAGCCAGCUCCUAGAGAAUGCGAAUUCAAAUCGAGCUAUUUAUGUGCAGAAAAAGCGCAGAUCAGCUCUGGAGACCAGCAGAGUUGGAAUGGCUCCUGGACGGGUUAUUGCCUCCUUUCCAGAAGGCCCUGUGAAUGCUGUCAUGAGAAAGGCACAGUCAGUGCAUGACCUUGUGCAUGAGGAUAAGGGUCCUGGAGUGAUAUCCUCUGCCAAGCAGCGUCCUCAGACUCUUUUGGUGGUUGAGAAGGAUCCCAGACCUAACAAUUGCAGGGUGUUAUCAGCCAGUAUGUUGAAGAUGGAUGGAUCUGGUGCUCUGCUGGCCAAAGAUGUCAGGGCUGCAAAACCAAAGUCCUACAUGAACCCCACAACCAGCUUCCGGGCUAAGAUGUCAAGGAGCAUAUCUGUAGGGGAAAAUCUGUACCUUGGUUGCUCCACUGAAAUGUUGACUGAUGGGAGGACUAGUCCUCCACUGACAGAGAAGACACAGAUUAGUUCCACAUCAGAUGCUGAGAAGAUUAAGCUGCCUGUGAAAGAAAAUGUUCCAGUGAAACCUGCACUCCAGCCGGUUGUAAACUGCUCGUCUCCCAAGUCCUUCCACAGCAAGUUGGCAUCAUCAAACCGAGCACAUCUGAUUCUUGACAUUCCCAAGCCAUUGCCUGAUAGACCCACACUGGCCUCCUUCUCACCCACUACCAAAACAAAAACCCUGCUUGAGCCACAGUCUCCACAGUCACCUGCUGGGGCCUCUAAAAAGAAACCCUCUUUUCCUGAGGUCCGAGCCUCCAAGAGGGAGAAUCAAACUGCUGGAUCUCUAGUUCCUGGCAGAGAGGUCCCAACAGGGCUUGCUAAGGAGAGCUCAGUGGAUUAUCCAGUCUCAAGGACAGAUUGCCAGGAUGAGCCAGGGGUCGCUAGUCUGAAACUGAGGGAGGUGUCAGAGGGCCAACACCUGAGGUCUCCUGAGAGCACCCUGCCCAGGGGCAGGGAGCGGAUCACCGGCAUCGCCUGUGUGCUAGACAGCCAACCUGGACUUUGCCCACUAGACCCCAUCAGGCCGAGGUCUCCUACAUCAAUUUCUGCCUCGGCACAGGUCUCAGAAUCGGGCAUCAGCAUAGAGCAGUGUGAGCACGUGGUGUCCGAGCUCCAGGACAGCAUGCGCAGAGCCCUUCACCUUUACCGCAGGGUAUUGAACGAUACGGAAUCUUCUACUGACAAAGACAAAAUAGCAGGCCUCCUGACAGAAACCUUCUCCUCAAUGAAGAAAGAAUUGGAUUCUCUGAAGGAUGCAGAAGAGCUUCCAAAAGAUAAGGAGGCGCUGGUGAAGCCGCAGGAUAACACUAGCCCAGUGAAUGAGGGAUGUGGUGCCAAUCUACCGAGUCCCAAGGGUCUGGGAGAUGAGCAGACACUAGCUUUGUUGGAACAGUACUCAGAGCUGUUGCUGCAAGCUGUGGAACGACGCAUGGACAAAAAGCUCUAAGAAGGGUGGCUUUCAGGUGUUUGUGAAUACACAGAAGUAAUUGCAUGAAGAGGACCACAGAGAGAGCUUCAGACCAAUGCUACCAUCAGCUGGUCUAGGGCUGGUGGGGAUACCUUUAUAAAUUGAUUUCCUCAGGCUCCAACAACUGACUUGUUCCCAUUCUUAGCAAUGUGCUGGCCACAGUUUUAAUAUUUGUUUCCCAACUGUCUUCAACUUCCUGUCUCUAAACAAAGUCUUGAAAGAGGAGUUUGGAGAAAUUACCAUGAAAUUUCUUCAUAGCCAGGAGGUCAGGAUGUUUGACACGUAAAAAUACAAAGAAAAUCCAGUUUAUCCAAUAAAUUCUGAACUGCUGACUAAAAGCAAAGGAAUCCACGUGAAGCCAAUCCCUUCCUCUCCAAGACUUCAUGAGAAUCAAGAAUCAGACUUUUUAUGGGUUUAUUUAUUAAUUUAUUUCUCUUGACUGUUGCUCUAUGCCACAUUUGUGGCUGUUAUCUUUGUCCUUUAAAAAAACUGUCAAUCCGUUUGCCAUAUCCCAGCGAGAAACAAUCUCUGUAUUAUAAAUCCCAAACAGGGAGACAGGCUGGAGUGUCUGUGCAAUUAAUGAACUGUUCUCUGCUUAGAUCUUGUCCUGCUGUUCUUGCUUUUCCUGCCUUAGUUUUGUUCUCUGCAGUAAUCCUGCUGUUGUUAUGACAACCCUGUCUGCUUUCCUACUGUGUCAAGACAGUCCCCACACUGUAUUUUAUCUGCAUUCACCUCCAGGGAAAGACUCUGUAUCCCUUGGGCCAUGCUUUGGAGAUUACUUUUGAAUUCAUAAGUGGUAUUUUUAAUCUGGAAUUUGAUGUUACAUUGAUACUUCAGACCAGGUUUUCUGCAGAUAUUUUAAAAAUUGGAUUUAAAUACCAAGGUUUCUUUCAGCCACUUUUCAUGAUUAGGAAUUGGAUAUUGACUUUGAUGUUAUGAUUUAUUUGUGGAGAAGUGACACUGAAAAGCUGGUUUCCAUCUCUUAGAAUGUAACUCUGGAUUUGAGAGAUCUGCAGUGCCAUGGCUCAUCUGUGUCAUUCAUUCAUUUCACUGUGAUAGGAAAAUGUUUUCUCCUUGCCUUUACAUGAAAACGGAAUAUUUACAUUCCAACAAAGUUAUUCUCUUACCUUCUGUAAAGCUAUUUCAAAUUCCUUCAGAAAAUUAUUUCCUAAGAACGUCAAAUGAGAUAUUUUGGGGUGUGAUUACCACCAUUUCCCCUGCCUCUAGCCUCUUCGCUUUUAAUGAAUUUCUGGUCUGAGAAACAGAAUCUUCUCUUCUUGCAUUUGUAUGUGCAAUAUUCUUCUUGCCUGUGGAGCUUCUAACUCAUGCUAACUUGUGUCUCUUGUGGCUUAAAAUUGUUAGUUUCAAAAAACAUCCAGUGAUGUUUUUUUUAGAUCAAUGAUAUAAGCUAA